AAGUGAGAAACGAGAAUUUAUUCACUCGAAAAAGCCACACUGCCAAAGUGACUGGAAAAGAAUCCGACAAAGGCGACAAAAAGUCUCCAACUCUUCUACUGUUUCCAGUCUUGACAUAAACUAUCAAGAACAAGAACCAAGAAAAAAAAGCCAUGGGGUGUUCCGAAUCGAAGAGCCCAUCAACACCACCACCUUCCGACGAGGAUCAAGGCACGAUUUUGCCGUCGACCCGACAAAUCCCGUCAGCUAUGUCCGUCAGAGAAGAUGUCCUUUUGCAGAUUCCCGGAUGUAGGGUUCACCUCAUCGACGGACCCGAAGCUCUGCAACUCGCCGCCGGAGACUUCAACCUCGUUCAGGUUUCCGACAACGGAGUCUCUCUCGCCAUGAUCAUCAGAGUCGGACGAGAUCUCCAAUGGCCGGUCACUAAAGACGAACCGGUGGUGAAGCUCGAUUCCCGUGACUACCUCUUCACUUUGCCGGUGAAAGACGGCGACCCACUCAGCUACGGGGUCACGUUUUCCGGUCACGAAAACGACGUCGAGGUCGUGAACAGCUUGGAGCUUCUUGACGAUUUUCUCAAGGAGAAUUCGUGUUUCUCUGCUUCGUUUGGUAAGAAGAUGGACAGUGGGAUUGACUGGAAGGAGUUUGCUCCCAAGAUCGAAGAUUAUAACAACGUUUUGGCCAAGGCAAUCGCUGGAGGAACAGGUCACAUCAUCAGAGGCAUAUUCAGAUGCAGCAAUGCUUAUACCAACCAGGUUCAAAAGGGAGGUGAAACCAUGAUUACUAGUGCUGAGGAGAAGAAGAAUGGUGGGUAUCAGAGAAAUGGAGGGUACAGCAGUGGAAGUGACAGCAGAAGGAAGAGUGGAAUCAACAGGAAUCUAGCUCGAGUGAGGAAACUCUCAAAGGCGACGGAGAAGCUGAGCAAGUCGAUGUUGAACGGUGUAGGUAUAGUCAGCGGCUCGGUGAUGGCGCCUGUGAUGAAGUCGAAGCCCGGGAAGGCAUUCUUCUCCAUGGUUCCUGGGGAGGUCCUCUUGGCUUCACUAGAUGCUAUCAACAAGAUACUAGAUGCAGCUGAAGCAGCAGAAAAACAAGCUUUCUCUGCCACAUCCAAGGCUGCUACUAGAAUGGUCAGCCAAAGGUUUGGGGAGAGUGCGGGAGAGGCGACGGGAGAGGUGCUAGCAACGGCGGGACAUGCAGCGGGUACGGCCUGGAACGUGGUCAAGAUCCGAAAGGCUCUCUAUCCUUCUUCUUCUGUCACUUCAGGGAUUAUCAAAAAUGCAACCCGCAAGUGAAAAACCUUCUUAUUUAUGAUUGUAUUCCAUGCUUUUGUAUUAGCAUUUGUGGAAUUGUAAUACACUAUUUCUCAACACAUGGGUUCGGUUCUUGUCAUCAGAAAUAUUUUCGUGAAGUUCAAUUUAAUUGUUAGUGAUGUUAGAAAUC